AUGCCAGCCCAAUGUCCCCUGACCUCCAGCCUGGCCCUCCUGGUGCUGCUGGGCACAGCCAGAGCAGGCCCCUUCUCUCCACGGUCCAAUGUGACACUCCCAGCCCCACGGCCCCCACCUCAGCCUGGGGGCCGCACAGUUGUGACAGGAAGGGGAAACCCUUCCUCUCAGCUUUACGAGCACACGGUGGAGGGAGGGGAGAAGCAGGUGGUGUUCACCCACCGCAUUAACCUGCCCCCUUCAGCUAGCUGUGGCUGUCCCCCGGGCUCUGAGCCCCCGGUCCCUGCUUCAGAGGUGCAGGCCCUGAGGAUCCGGCUGGAGAUCCUGGAGGAGCUGGUGAAGGGGCUCAAGGAACAGUGCACAGGGGGAUGUUGUCCCACAGCUGCCCAGGCUGGUACUGGCCAAACAGACGUGCGUAGCCUCUGCAGUCUCCAUGGCGUGUUUGACCUGAGCCGUUGCGCCUGUUCCUGCGAGCCAGGCUGGGGUGGGCCCACCUGCUCGGACCCCACGGACGCCACUGUGCCUUCCUCCUCCUCGUCGCCCUCAGCCUCCGAGUCCUGCCCCGACGACUGCAACGAUCAGGGUCGCUGUGUCCGCGGCCGCUGCGUGUGCUUCCCUGGCUACACCGGCCCCAGCUGCGGCUGGCCCUCCUGUCCUGGGGACUGCCAAGGCCAUGGGCGCUGCGUGAAAGGUGUGUGCGUUUGCCGCUUUGGCUUCUCGGGCGACGACUGUAGCCAGCGCACCUGCCCUCGAGGCUGCAGCCAGCGAGGCCGCUGUGAAGACGGGCGCUGCGUGUGCGACGCCGGCUACAUUGGCGAGGACUGCGGGGUGAAGAGCUGCCCUCGCGGUUGCAGCCAGAGGGGACGCUGCGAAAACGGACGCUGUGUGUGUGACCCCGGCUACACUGGCGAGGACUGCGGCGCGCGCAGCUGCACCUGGGACUGUGGCGAGGGCGGGCGCUGCGUGGACGGCCGCUGUGUGUGCUGGCCGGGGUACGCGGGCGAAGACUGCAGCACGCGGACGUGCCCGCGCGACUGCCAGGGCCGCGGGCGCUGCGAGGAGGGCGAGUGUAUCUGCGACGCGGGCUACAGCGGGGAUGACUGCGGCGUGCGCAGCUGUCCCGGGGACUGCAACCAAAGAGGCCACUGCGAGGACGGCCGCUGCGUGUGCUGGCCUGGGUACACUGGGCCUGACUGCGGCGCGCGCACUUGCCCGCGCGACUGUCGGGGCCGCGGGCUCUGCGAGAACGGCUUGUGCGUGUGCAAUGCGGGCUACAGCGGCGACGACUGCGGCGUGCGUAGCUGCCCCGGGGACUGUCGAGGCCGGGGCCGGUGCGAGAGCGGCCGCUGCGUGUGCUGGCCCGGGUACACUGGCCGGGACUGCGGCAUGCGCGCCUGCCCCGGCGACUGUCGUGGGCGCGGGCGCUGCAUGGACGGCCGCUGCGUGUGCAACCCGGGCUUCACUGGCGAGGACUGCGGUAGCCGUCGGUGCCCUGGGGACUGCCACGGGCGCGGCCGCUGCGAGGAUGGUGUGUGUGUGUGCAACGCGGGCUACGAGGGCGAGGACUGCGGCGCGCUCAGCUGCCCCGGGGGCUGCCGAGGCCGCGGCCAGUGCCAGAAUGGGCGCUGCGUGUGCGAUGGUGGCUACGAGGGCGAGGACUGCGGCGUGAGGCAGUGUCCGGGAGACUGCAACCAGCGAGGGGUGUGUCAGGACGGCGUGUGCACUUGUUGGGAGGGCUACGCGGGCGAAGACUGCGGCCUCCGCACCUGCCCAGCCAACUGCCACCUGCGCGGCCGCUGUGAAGAUGGGCGCUGCGUGUGCGACGCAGGCUACACUGGCCCCACCUGUGCCACCCGCACCUGCCCUGCCGACUGCCGAGGCCGUGGGCGCUGUGUGCAGGGAGUGUGCCUGUGUCACGCAGGCUACAGCGGGGAGGACUGUGGGCAGGAAGAGCCCCCCUCCAGCGCCUGUCCCGGAGGCUGCGGGCCGCGGGCGCUGUGCCGAGCUGGCCAGUGUGUGUGCGUGGAGGGCUUCCGAGGCCCCGACUGCGCCAUCCAGACGUGCCCUGGGGAUUGCCGCGGCCGUGGAGAGUGCCAUGAGGGCAGAUGCGACUGCCAAGACGGCUUCGCAGGCGAGGACUGCGGGGAAGCACGGGUGCCCAGCUCCGCCUCGGCCUAUGACCAGAGAGGACUGGCCCCGGGCCAAGAGUACCAGGUCACUGUCCGUGCCCUUCGAGGGACCAGCUGGGGCCCUCCUGCCUCCAAGACUAUUACCACCAUGAUUGAUGGCCCCCAGGACCUCCGCGUGGUGGCUGUGACGCCAACAACACUGGAGCUCAGCUGGCUGCGCCCCCUGGCUGAGGUGGACCGAUUUGUGGUGUCCUAUGUCAGUGCUGGCAACCAGAGGGUGCGGCUGGAAGUGCCUCCUAAGGCAGAUGGGACGCUGCUGACAGACCUGAUGCCGGGCGUGGAAUAUGUUGUGACUGUCACCGCGGAGCGCGGCCGGGCAGUCAGCUACCCGACUUCUGUCAGGGCCAACACAGGUAUGGAGGAGGAGAGGGAGGAGCCCCGACCCGGGCUGAGCCUGUCCCAGCCCCCGCGGCGGGCGUGGGCCAACCUGACCGCCGAGCUGGGCCGCUACGGCGGCACGGUGGAGGACGUGGAGCGCCACCUGCGGGCGCACCGCUACCCCCUGCGAGCCAACCAGACCUACCCGUCAGUGGCGCGCUACAUCUACACUUACUUGCAGCGGCAGGUGCUGGGCACUUCCGCCGACGGCGCGCUUCUAGUGUCCCUCGACGGUCUCCGCGGCCAGUUCGAGCGCGUGGUGAUGCGCUGGCGUCCCCAGCCCCCUGCAGAGGGCCCCGGCGGGGAGUUGACUGUGCCAGGCAGCACGCGCGCUGUCAGCCUCCCCGACCUCAGGCUGGGCACCACCUACCACGUGGAGGUCCACGGGGUGCGGGCGGGGCAGACUUCCAAGUCCUACGCCUUCAUCACCACCACAGGCCCCUCAACGACCCAAGGGGCCCGGGCCCCUGUCCUGCAGCAGCGCCCACAGGAACUGGCAGAAUUGAGGGUGCUCGGCAGAGACGAGACCGGGCGCCUCCGCGUGGCCUGGACUGCCCAGCCUGACAUCUUUGCCCACUUCCAGCUGCACCUGCGUGUGCCCCAGGGGCUGGAGGAUCAUGAGGAGCUGCUGCCAGGGGACACUCACCAGGCCCUGGUGCCACCACCCCUUCCUGGAUCCCCCUACAAGCUGUUGCUUCAUGGGAUCCACCCUGAUGGCCAGCUCUCUGCCCCCCUCAUCUACCAAGGCAUUAUGGACAAGGAUGGAGAAAAGCCUGAGCCAUCCUUGGUCCAGCCACGCCUGGGUGAACUGACUGUGACAGAUGUGAGCACGAACUCACUGCUCCUGCACUGGACAGUCCCCGAGGGCACAUUUGAAUCCUUUGUGAUCCAGUACAAGGACAGGGAUGGGCCACAGGUGGUACCCGUGGAAGGGCCACAGCGCUCAUGCCUCAUCACCUCCCUGGACCCCGGCCGCAAGUACAAAUUUGUCUUGUACGGGCUCGUCGGCAAGAAGCGGCAUGGCCCACUGGUCACUGAAGCCAAGACUAUGCCUUGGAGUGACCCUGGCCCAGGGCCCUUGCCCCGUCUGGGAAAGCUGUGGGUGACUGACCCCACCUCAGACUCGCUGCGCCUUUCCUGGACUGUCCCUGAAGGCCAGUUCGACUCUUUCGUGGUCCAGUACAGGGACAGGGAUGGCCAGCCCCAGGUGGUACCAGUGGAGGGGCCUGAGCACUCAAUCAUCAUCUCCUCCCUGGACCCUGACCACAAGUACAAAUUCACUCUGUUCGGGAUUGCCAACAAGAAGCGGCAUGGCCCCCUCACGGCCGAUGGUACCACAGCCCCAGGGAGGAAAGAGGAGCUCCCCAGGCCCGAGUCCCCCGUGCAGCCCCUCCUGGGGGAGCUGACGGUGACUGGCGUGACCCCAGACUCCCUGCGCCUGUCCUGGACGGUGGCCCAGGGCCCCUUCGACUCCUUUGUGGUCCAGUACAAGGAUGCGAAGGGGCAGCCCAAGGCAGUGCCCGUUGGAAGGGACGAGAACGAGGUUACCAUCCCUGGCCUGGAGUCCGAGCGGAAGUAUAAGAUGAACCUCUACGGGCUUCAAGGCAGGCAGCGUGUAGGGCCCGUGUCUGUAGUGGCCACAACGGAGACCGCUGCCUCCACAGAGGUGAACAAGACCCCAUCUCCCACAGAGCCCUCCACAGAGGCCCCUGAGGAGCUGCUCCUGGGGGAGCUGACAGUGACAGGAUCCACCUCAGACUCGCUGAGCCUCUCCUGGACCGUCCCCCAGGGCCACUUUGACGCCUUCACCGUGCAGUACAAGGACAGGGAUGGGCGGCCCCAGGUGGUUCGUGUUGGGGGCGAGGAGCGCGAGGUGACCGUGCAGGGCCUGGAGCCUGGGCACAAGUACAAGAUGCACCUGUAUGGGCUCCACGCAGGGCGGCGCGUGGGCCCCGUGUCCACCUUGGGGCUGACAGCCCCACAACAGGAAGAAGAGGCUCCUCCAGCCACCGAGCCUCCCCAGGAGAGGCACCUGGGGGAGCUGACAGUGACAGACGUGACCCCCACCUCUGUGGGCCUCUCGUGGACAGUCCCUGAGGGCGAAUUUGACUCCUUCAUGGUCCAGUACAAGGACAGCAAUGGGCAGCCCCAGGCAGUGGCUGUGGCUGCAGACCAGCGCGAAGUCACCAUCCCCAGCCUGGAGCCCUCCAGAAAGUACAAGAUCAACUUCUACGGGAUACAUGAUGGACAACGCAUGGGUCCCCUCUCUGUGGUAGCCAUGACGGCCCCAGCCACAAGUGCUCCCGAACGCCCCCAGGAGCCUCGCCUGGGGAAGCUGGCAGUGACGGGCAUGAACUCCGACUCCGUUGACCUCUCCUGGACAGUCCCCGAGGGCAAGUUCGACUCCUUCGUGGUCCAGUACAAGGACAGGGGUGGGCAGCCCCAAGUGGUGCCUGUGGCCGCAGAUGAGCGUGAGGUCACCGUGCCUGACCUGGAGCCCUCCCGCAAGUACAAGUUCCUGCUCUUUGGGAUCCAGGAUGGGAAGCGACGAGGCCCAGUCUCUGUGGAGGCAAAGACGGCUACCCGAGAUGCCAACAGCUCAGGAACCCCGCCCCUCCUGGGGGAACUGUGGGUGACGGACCCCACCGCAGACUCGCUGCGCCUCUCCUGGACGGUCCCUGAGGGCCACUUUGACUCUUUUACGGUCCAGUUCAAGGACAGGGAUGGGCCCAGGGUGGUGUCCGUGGAGGGCCACCAGCGCUCAGUCACCGUCACCCCGCUGGACCCAGGCCGAAAGUACCGAUUCCUCCUCUACGGCCUCCUGGAUAAGAAGCGCCACGGCCCCCUCACAGCUGAUGGCACCACUGAGACCCAGAGAGCUGUGGACGAGACUGUAACAAAGCAUCCCCCAAAGCCCCGUCUCGGAGAGGAGCUGCAGGUGACCGGUGUGACCCCAGACUCCGUGGGCCUCUCGUGGAUGGUCCCUGAAGGCGAAUUCGACUCCUUUGUGGUCCAGUACAAGGACAGGGACAGGCAGCCACAGGUGGUGCCCGUGGAGGGCAGCCUCAGGGAGGUCACCAUCCCGGGCCUGGACCCCGCCCGCAAGUACAAGCUCCUGCUCUACGGGCUGCAUGGUGACCGGCGUGUGGGUCCCAUCUCCGCCAUCGUCGUGACUGCCCCCAGGGAAGAAGACAGAGGUGUGAUCCAGGCCACAGCCCCUACAGCAGCUGAGCCCCGCCUGGGGACGCUCACCGUGGUGAAGGCCACAUCGCACACCCUGCAUCUCUCCUGGAUGGUGAUUGAGGGAGAAUUCGACUCUUUCAUGGUCGAGUACACAGACAGGGACGGGCUAGUCCAGGCAGUCAGUUUAGAGGGCGACCAGAAUGAUGUCACCAUCUCCGGCCUGAAAUCUGACCAUAGAUACCUGGUGGACUUGUAUGGCUUCCAUGACGGGCAGCGGGUGGGUCCUGCCCACACUGAGGCCCUGACAGUCCCACAGGAGGAUGAACCUUCAGAAUCGCCCACGGCGACCCCCAAGCCUCCCUUCAAGCCUCACCUGAGGGAGCUGACCGUGACUGAUGCCACUCCUGACUCCCUGCACCUGUCCUGGACGGUCCCGGAGGGCCACUUUGACCACUUUCUGAUCCAGUACAGGAACGGGGAUGGGCAGCCCAAGGCAGUGCGGGUGCCGGGGCAUGAGGACGAGGUCACCAUCUCGGGCCUGGAGCCGGACCAAAAGUACAAGAUGAACCUGUACGGCCUCCAUGGGGGCCAGCAUGUGGGCCCCGUCUCCGUCAUCGGGGUGACUGAGCCCUCCACCGAGGCCCCGGAGUCCCCCAAGGACCCGCUUCUGGGGGAUCUGACAGUGACAGGAUCCACCUCGGACUCGCUGAGCCUCUCCUGGACCAUCCCCCAGGGCCGCUUCGACGCCUUCACCGUGCAGUACAAGGACAGGGACGGGCGGCCCCAGGUGGUGCGUGUCAGGGGCGAGGAACUCAAGGUGAUCGUGCAGGGCCUGGAGCCUGGGCGCAAGUACAAGAUGCACCUGUACGGGCUCCACGCAGGGCGGCGCGUGGGCCCCGUGUCCGCCGUGGGUCUGACAGCCCCUAUAGAGGAGCCCUCAACUCCUGCAGCCCCACCUCCCACCGCCACCCUGAGCUUUCCGAAGCCACGCCUUGGGGAGCUGACUGUGACUGAUGCCACCCCCGACUCCCUGCACCUGUCCUGGACAGUCCCCGAGGGCCACUUUGACCACUUCCUGGUCCAGUACAGGAAUGGGGAUGGGCAGCCCAAGGCAGUGCGGGUGCCAGGGCACAAGAACGAGGUCACCAUCUCAGGCCUGGAGCCAGACCACAAGUACAAGAUGAACCUGUAUGGUCUCCAUGGUGGCCAGCGUGUGGGGCCCGUCUCCGUCAUCGGGGUGACUGCGCCGACAGUCCCAUCCACUGAGACCCCGGAGCCACCCAUCAGGCCACGCCUGGGGGAGCUGACUGUGACUGAUGCCACCCCCGACUCCCUGCACCUGUCCUGGAUAGUCCCUGAGGGCCACUUUGACCACUUCCUGGUCCAGUACAGGAACAGGGAUGGGCAGCCCGAGGUGGUGCGGGUGCCAGGGCACGAGGAUGCGGUCACCAUCUCAGGCCUGGAGCCGGACCACAAGUACAAGAUGAACCUGUACGGCCUCCACGGCGGCCAGCGUGUGGGCCCCAUCUCUGUCAUCUGGAUGACUGAGGAAGAGACCCCCAUCCCCACAGAGGCCUCCACAGAGGCCCCGGAGUCCCCCGAGGAGCCACUCCUGGGUGAGCUGAUGGUGACAGGAUCCAGCACAGACUCGCUGAGCCUCUCCUGGACCAUCCCCCAGGGCCACUUUGAUGCCUUCACCGUGCAGUAUAAGGACAGGGACGGGCGGCCCCAGGUGGUGCGUGUCCGGGGCGAGGAGCGUGAGGUCACCGUGCAGGGCCUGGAGCCCGGGCGCAAGUACAAGAUGCACCUGUAUGGGCUCUACAUGGGGCGGCGCGUGGGCCCCGUGUCCACAGUGGGCGUCACCGUCCCUCAUAAGGUCAUGGAAGAGACCCCCACCCCCACAGAACCCAUCACCGAGGCCCCAGAGCCCCCCAAGGAGCCGCUCCUGGGGCAACUGACAGUGACAGGCUCCACUACAAACUCGCUGAGCCUCUCCUGGACCGUCCCCCAGGGCCGCUUUGACACCUUCACUCUACAGUACAAGGACAGGGAUGGGCAGCCCCAGGCAGUGCGUGUCGGAGGCAAGGAACGCAAGGUCAUUGUGCAGGGCCUAGAACCAGGGCACAAGUACAAGAUGCACUUGUACGGCCUCCACGCGGGGCGGAGUGUGGGCCCCGUGUCUGCAGUGGGCCUCACAGAGGAUGAAGUUAGGAUGACCCCAGCCAUGCCCACAGCUGUCUCUGAGCCGCCCUUCAAACCACGCCUGGGGGAGGUGACUGUGACCGACGCCACCCCUGACUCUCUGCACCUGUCCUGGAUGGUCCCUGAGGGCCACUUUGACCACUUCCUGGUCCAGUACAGGAACGGGGACGGGCAGCCCAAGGCAGUGCGGGUGCCAGGGCACGAGGACGAGGUCACCAUCUCGGGCCUGGAGUCGGACCACAAGUACAAGAUGAACCUGUAUGGCUUCCAUGGAGGCCAGCGUGUAGGGCCCGUCUCCGCCAUUGGGGUGACUGAGGUGGAGGAGACCCUGACCCCCACAGAGCCCUCCACCGAGGUCCCAGAGUCCCCCAAGGAGCCACUUCUGGGGGAGCUGAAGGUGAUAGGAUCCACCUCAGACUCGCUGAGCCUCUCCUGGACCAUCUCCCAGGGCCACUUUGACGCCUUCACUGUGCAGUACAAGGACAGGGAUGGGCGGCCCCAGGCGGUGCAUGUCGGGGGCGAGGAACUCGAGGUGACCAUGCAGGGCCUGGAGCCCAGGCACAAGUACAAGAUGCACCUGUACGGGCUCCACGCAGGGCGGCGUGUGGGCCCAGUGUCUGCUGUGGGCUUUACGGUUAGGAUGACCCCAGCCACCCUCAUGGCUGCCUCUGAGCUGCCCUUCAAACCACGCCUGGGGGAGCUGACAGUGACCGACGCCACCCCCGACUCCCUGCACCUGUCCUGGAUGGUCCCUGAGGGCCACUUUGACCACUUCCUGGUCCAGUACAGGAAUGGGGAUGGGCAGCCCAAGGCAGUGCGGGUGCCAGGGCACGAGGACGAGGUCACCAUCUCGGGCCUGGAGCCAGACCACAAGUACAAGAUGAACCUGUACGGCCUCCACGGCGGCCAGCGUGUGGGCCCUGUCUCCAUCAUUGGGGUGACUGAGGUAGAGGAGAUCCCAACCCCCACAGAGCCCUCCACAGAGGCCCCGGAGUCCACUGAGAAGCCACUUCUGGGGGAGCUGACGGUGACAGGAUCCACCUCAGACUCGCUGAGUCUCUCCUGGACCGUCCCCCGGGGCCGCUUCAACGCCUUCACCGUGCAGUACAAGGACAGGGACGGACGGCCCCAGGUUGUGCGUGUCAGGGGCGAGGAGCGCGAGGUCACUGUGCAGGGCCUGGAGCCUGGGCACAAGUACAAGAUGCAUCUGUACGGGCUCCACCCAGGGCGGCGUGUGGGCCCCGUGUCUGCUGUGGGCUUCACAGCUCCAGAGGAUGAAAUUAGGACGACCCCAGCCACGCCCACGGCUGCCCCUGAGCCUCCAUUCAAGCCGCGCCUGGGGGAGCUAACUGUGACUGAUACCACCCCCGACUCCCUGCGCCUGUCCUGGAUAGUCCCCGAGGGCCACUUUGACCACUUCCUGGUCCAGUACAGGAAUGGGGAUGGGCAGCCCAAGGCAGUGCGGGUGCCGGGGCACGAGAACGAGGUCACCAUCUCCGGCCUGGAGCCGGACCAAAAGUACAAGAUGAACCUGUACGGCCUCCACGAUGGCCAGCGUGUGGGCCCCAUCUCUGUCAUUGGGGUGACUGAGGCAGACGAAACUCCAACCCCCACAGAGCCCUCCACAGAGGCCCCGGAGCCCCCUGAGGAGCCACUUCUGGGCAAGCUGACAGUGACAGGAUCCAGCACAGACUUACUGAGCCUCUCCUGGACCGUCCUCCAGGGCCACUUCGACACCUUCACCGUGCAGUACAAGGACAGGGACGGGCAGCCCCACGCAGUGCGUGUCAGGGGCGAGGAGCGUGAGGUCACUGUGCAGGGCCUGGAGCCGGGGCACAAGUACAAGAUGCACCUGUACGGGGUCCACAUGGGGCGGCGCGUGGGCCCCGUGUCUGCAGUGGGCACGACGGUCCCCCUGCCCACUGAGCCUCCGAAGGAGCCCCGCCUGGGGGAGCUGUCCGUGGCAGCCGUGACCUUGGACACCGUACACCUCUCAUGGACAGUGGCCCAGGGCCCCUUCGACUCCUUCCAGGUCCAGUACAGGGAUGUGCAGGGGCAGCUCCAGGUGGUUCCCGUUGGCGGAGAGCUCCGAGAGGUCACCGUCUUAGGCUUGGAAGCAGCCCGAAAGUACAAGUUCCUCCUGUUUGGACUCCAGGAUGGAAAACGGAGGGGGCCAGUCUCUGUGGAGGCAAAGACAGCUCCAGACGUGAAAACUUCUCCCCGCCUUGGGGAGCUGACAGUGACAGACGUGACCCCUGACUCUGUGGGCCUCUCGUGGACAGUCCCUGAGGGCGAGUUUGACUCCUUCAUGGUCCAGUACAAGGACAAGGAUGGUCAGCCUAAGGUGGUGCCUGUGGCUGCAGACCAGCGCAAGGUCACCAUCCCCAGCCUGGAGCCCAACAGGAAGUACAAGUUCCUGCUCUAUGGACUGGCAGGCAGGAAGCGCCUGGGGCCUGUCUCUGCUGAUGGCACCACUGCACCCCUGAAGGAGGAGCGGCCCCCACCCCGCCUCAGGGAGCUGACAGUGACUGAUGAGACCCCAGACUCCCUGCGCCUCUUAUGGACAGUGGCCCAGGGUUCCUUCGACUCCUUCGUGGUCCAGUACAGGGACACGGACGGGCAGCCCCAGGUGGUGCCUGUGGCUGGAGACCAGCGCGAGGUCACCGUGGAGGGCCUGGAGCCAGACAGGAAAUACAAGUUCCUGCUCUAUGGGCUCCUUGGAGGAAAGCACCUGGGCCCCGUCUCUGUUCUGGGAGUGACAGCCCCAGAAGAGGACAUGGCAGCCACGUUGCACCCUGACACAGAGGCCCCUGAACCCCCUGAAGAGCCCCGCCUGGGGUCACUGGCAGUGACUGACGUGACUCCAGACUCCUUGCACCUCUCAUGGACAGUGGCCCAGGGCCCCUUUGACUCCUUUGUAGUCCAGUAUCAGGACGCAGAUGGGCAGCCCCAGGCUUUGCUUGUGGGCAACAACCAGCACAAGGUCCUGGUCUCAGGCCUGGAUCCCAGCACCUCCUACAAGUUCUUCCUCUACGGCCUCCACGAAGGGACACGCCUGGGGCCCAUCUCGGCCGAGGCCACCACAGGGCAGGCUCCUGCCGGGCAGACCCCAGGGGAGCCAGGCCCCCGCCUGUCCCAGCUCUCGGUGAGUGACAUGACCACCAGUUCCCUGCGGCUCAACUGGGAGGCCCCGCCCGAGGCCUUCGACUCCUUCUUGCUCCGCUUUGGCGUCCCUUCACCAAGCACUCUAGAGCCACACUCACGUCCUCUGCUGCAGCGGGAGCAGACAGUGCCCGGGGCACUUCGCUCAGCCGUGCUCCGGGACCUGCGACCUGGGACCCUGUACAGCCUCACACUGUAUGGGUUGCGCGGGCCCCACAAGGCUGACAGCAUCCAGGGCAGCGCCCGCACCCUCAACCCAGUUCUGGAGAGCCCCCAUGACCUCCAAUUCAGUGACAUCAGGGAGACCUCAGCCAAGGUCAACUGGAUGCCCCCACCAUCCAGGGUAGACGGCUUCAAAGUCUCCUACCAGCUGGCAGAUGGAGGGGAGCCACAGAGCGUGCAGGUGGACGGCCGGGCCCGGACCCAGAAACUCCAGGGGCUGAUCCCAGGCGCCCGCUAUGAGGUGACUGUGGUUUCUGUCCGAGGGUUUGAGGAGAGCGAGCCUCUCACAGGCUUCCUCACCACAGUUCCUGACGGCCCCACCCAGCUUCGUGCACUGGAUUUGACCGAGGGAUCUGCCUUGCUGCACUGGAAGCCCCCCCAGGCCCCGGUGGACAAAUACAAUGUCCGGGUCACAGCCCCAGGGGCCCCGCCUCGACAGGCCUCUGCCCCGGGUAGCGCCGUGGACUACCCCCUGUACGACCUUGUGCUCCACACCAACUACACGGCCACCGUGCAUGGCCUUCGGGGCCCCAACCUCACUUCCCCAGCCAGCAUCACCUUCACCACAGGGCUGGAGGCUCCCCAGGAUUUGGAGGCCAAGGAGGUGACCCCACGCACAGCUCUGCUCACUUGGACUGAACCCCAGGUCCCACCCACAGGCUACCUGCUCAGCUUCAACACCCCUGGUGGACAGACCCAGGAGAUACUGCUCCCUGGAGGCAUCAUCUCUCACCAGCUCCGAGGCCUCUUUCCUGCCACCCCUUACAGUGCCCUGCUCCGAGCUGUGUGGGGCCAGAGCUUCUCGCCACCCGUGUCCACCACCUUCACCACUGGUGGACUGCAGGUCCCUUUCCCCCGGGACUGCGGGGAGGAGAUGCAGAAUGGGGCCGGCACCUCGAGGACCACCACCAUCUUCCUCAACGGCAACCGCGAGCAGCCUCUGAACGUGUUUUGCGACAUGGAGACAGAUGGGGGUGGCUGGCUGGUGUUCCAGCGCCGCAUGGACGGACAAACAGACUUCUGGAGGGACUGGGAGGACUAUGCCCACGGCUUUGGGAACACCUCUGGGGAGUUCUGGCUGGGCAACGAUGCCUUGCACAGCCUGACCCAAACUGGUGACUAUUCCAUGCGUGUGGACCUGCGGGCUGGGGACGAGGCUGUGUUCGCCCAAUACGACUCCUUCCAAGUAGACUCGGCUGCUGAGUACUACCGCCUCCACCUGGAGGGCUACCAUGGCACUGCAGGGGACUCCAUGAGCUACCACAGCGGCAGUGUCUUUUCCACUCGUGACCGAGACCCCAACAACUUGCUCAUCUCCUGUGCGGUCUCCUACCGCGGGGCCUGGUGGUACAGAAACUGCCACUACGCCAACCUCAAUGGGCUCUAUGGGAGUACAGUGGACCACCAGGGAGUGAGCUGGUACCACUGGAAGGGCUUCGACUUCUCGGUGCCCUUCACGGAAAUGAAGCUGAGACCAAGAAGCUACCGGCCCCUGGCCCGGGGAGGCUGAGCCGUUGCCCACCUCUCUCGGCCCCAGCACGACUGCCGAGCACUGAGGGGUCGCACCGAGAGAAGAGUUAGGGGCCGCCUUCACCAUCCAGCCACGGGAGGACGCCUUCUCCGCCCGCGAUCUCACAGCACUAUGUUUACAGGGGGGAGGGGAGGGAUUUGUACGGGGGCAAUAAAAGGAGAAACUGAGGCACGCGG